GGCUGACACCAUGAUGCGCGCUUUUUACCAAGAUGCACACUGGGCAUCUCUGUGGAAGGGCGUAACUUUGGACACCAUCAUCUACGACUGCGCAAGGCGCUUGCCCUGGAACAUUGUUAAAGUGACAUCCCCUAAGCGCCACCGCAAGGUUGUAGAGGAAGCUACUGGGAAUGUUGUUGGUUAUGCGCGUUGGAUUAUCCCCGAUGGACAUGUUGACACGUGGGCUAAUGGUAUAGUGCUUGAAACUGAUUUGGAAAAACGUCAAGCAUAUGAACAAGCGUUCCAGGACGUGACUGAUGACGGGAAAAUCCGUGGCAUUGAUCAUCAGAUGGUGGACGAGCUCAGUGAGGCAAUAGAGAAAGCAGAGGCUGAGGUGCUGUCCACUGGGGAGGAGUUUCUCAUAUUGGAUUAUCUGGCUACACAUCCAGAGCACCAGAGACGUGGUAUCGGCUCCAUGUUGCUCGCUGAAGGUCUGGCAUACGCGGACAGAAACAGUCUUAGGACAAUUGUUGUUGCCAAGACACCAGGUGUCAAGCUUUACCAAGACCACGACUUCCAAGUAAUCAAAUUAGUGCAGCAGGAGCGCCCGCAAUAUGGAUGGUCAAAGCCAUACACUACCACCAUCCUCAUUCGGCAGCCCAAACCCAUUGUAUGAUUUAAAAAAAAGCGUAUUGUAACACGUUUGUUUGGAUUCGGAUGAUUUGAGA